CUUUUCCAUAAUAUCUUUGUUUUGAUGGACUCACUAAAACAGUCAUUAAAAAAUCUCCAGGUAAAAACAAGCAUUCUUCUCCACUAGAGAAACAGCAACCCAUAUACUUGAGAAAGAUAACAGGGAAUUGGUAUUGCAAUGGAGAGAAAAGAACAGCAGCAAUACUCAGAGAGAUUGAGAGAUGAUCCAUCAUUAAAACUGAUUGAUCAGUUCUUAAAUCUACAGAGAGCUUCUGGUGAAGUUUCAUUAGAUAUGGAUUUAGAGAUGGAUGAACUUGUUAAUGAGCAUAAAAACAACUCAAGUUUACCACCACUACCACCAAAAAGUACUUCAACAAAUUCUCCUAUUCCUCAGCAGCCUGUUAGAAGAAGAAGUAGUAAAGGAAUAUCUAUUGAUCAUGAAAAUUACCAACAGCAAUCAAUAAAUUUACAGCCACCACAGCAAAUUAGAAAUCAGAAUAGUGAGUCUCCUCAAUUUGGAGGAGGAGGAGGAAGUACUGAUGAAUUUGCAAGACGUGCUUCAAAUGAUUCUUUUAAGAGGAUUUCAAAUGAUUCUUUUAAGAGGAACUCAAAUUAUUCAUCUAAGAGGAACCCAACUAGUUUUUUGAGGUCUAAGACGGUGAAAUCAAGAUUAAUGGAUCCACCAGCAGAUACAAUGAAAUCAGGGAGAGUAACAGCAAAAUCAGUGCAACUAAGAUCUGGGUUUAUAGCAGGACGUAAAUCAUCAGCAAAUGAUGAUGAUAGUGAUGAAGAUUCUUUUGCUGAAAAAUAUGAUGACAUACCAGAUAAGUACAAGAAAUCCUCAAAGUUUUUUACUCCUUUAGUUAUUUUUCAGUGGGUUGUUCUAAUAUUAAUACUGAGUGCAUUUGUUUGUUCACUUACUAUUCAUUCACUUAGUAAGAUGACACCAUGGGCACUUCAUUUAUGGAAAUGGGAGGUAAUACUACUUGUUUUGAUUUGUGGGAGAUUACUUUCUGGUUGGGGAAUUAGAAUCGUUGUUUUCUUUGUUGAGAGAAAUUUCAUUUUGAGGAAAAGGGUUUUGUAUUUUGUUUACGGGUUAAGAAAAGCAGUUCAGAACUGUCUAUGGUUAGGCAUGGUUUUAAUAACUUGGAGUUACUUGUUAGAUAAAAAAGUUGCCAAGGAUGUGAUUAAGGAUAGAACCCGAAUACCGUUUUACGUAACCAAGUGUUUGAUCCUUUUGUUAGUGGGUACACUGUUAUGGCUUGUGAAGACACUUAUCGUUAAGGUUUUGGCUUCAUCUUUUCAUGUAACCACUUACUUUGAUCGAAUUCAAGAUUCGUUGUUUACCCAGUAUGUGAUUGAGACAUUAUCCGGUCCGCCGGUGAUUGAGAUUCAGCGGAACAGGGAAGAAGAUGAACAAGUCAAGGUUGAAGUUGAGAAUCUUCAGAAAGCAGGGUGUACUAUGCCAGCUGAUCUUAGGGCAACAGCUUUGCCGCCGACCCCAAUUAUGAAGAAGAGUGGGAGCCGCAGAGUGAUUGGAAGUGGGAGGAUAAUUCAAAAUAGUAGUCCUAAAGCUAAAAGUGGUUGCACAAGUAAGAAAUUAGAGGAGGGUAUUACCAUUGAUGAACUGCACAAACUGAAUCAGAAAAAUAUAUCAGCUUGGAAAAUGAAGAGGUUGAUGAAUAUAAUUCGUCAUGGUGUAAUAACUACAGUCGAUGAGCACAUAGAUGAGGACUCGUGUAAUGAAGACGAGUCAGCAACGACAAUCAGAAGCGAAUCGGAAGCCAAGUCUGCAGCAACUAAGAUAUUCAACAAUGUGGCUAAGCCCUGUUCCAAGUUUAUCCACCUUGAAGAUAUAAUGCGCUUCAUGAGGGACGAGGAAGCCGAAAAGACUAUGAGUCAAUUUGAAGGAGCAAUUGAAACAGAUAAAAUCAGCAAGAAAUCGAUGAAAAACUGGGUGGUUAAUGCUUUCAGAGAGAGAAGAGCCCUUGCCUUGACUCUGGAUGACACAAAAACAGCUGUAAAAACACUCCAAACUAUGGUGAAUGUUGUCGUGGGCAUCCUGAUAGGGAUCAUCGGGCUUCUCAUACUUGAGAUAGCAACCACUAAGUUCCUUGUCCUUAUCAGUUCUCAACUUCUUUUGGUGGCAUUCAUGUUUGGAAACACCUGCAAGAUGGUAUUUGAAGCUAUUAUCUUCUUAUUCGUGAUGCACCCUUUCGAUGUUGGUGAUAGGUGUGAAGUUGAAGAUGUUCAGAUGGUUGUGGAAGAGAUGAACAUCCUUACUACCGUUUUUCUGAGAUAUGACAACCAAAAGAUUAUAUACCCAAACAGUGUUCUAUCCACCAAGCCGAUCAGCAAUUUAUACCGAAGUCCAGAUAUGGGAGAUGCAAUCGAUUUCUGUGUCCACGUCUCAACUCCAGUGGAAAAGAUCUCUACCAUGAAACACCGACUGACAGCAUUUAUUGAAAGCAAAAGAGAACAUUGGUACCCUUCACCAAUGAUUGUAGUGAGAGAUGUGGACGAUUUGAACAGGCUAAAAAUCUCAGUGUGGCUGUGUCACCGAAUCAACCAUCAAGACAUGGGGGAGAGGUGGAUAAGAAGGGCUCUUGUUGUAGAAGAAAUGAUUAAAGUCCUCAGGGAACUAGACAUGGAGUACCGAAUGCUGCCUCUCGAUAUUAAUGUCCGAAACAUGCCUGGUUUUUCCUCGCAAAGGGUUCCCUCAAAUUGGAAUGCUUGCAACAACUACUAAUCCAGUACAGCUAAAUUCAAUUUCCCACCCUUGAUCUAAGUAUUCUUCAAAAGCAUUAUCUUAUGUGUACUUCAGGAUGCCAUGACAUGACAUACUAUAUGUAGUAAAUAUUAUGUAAUAGAUUUGCUGCGCUAUAAUUAGUUUCUCAUCAUCCGGCCGCUAAAGUUGGAUGUUGCAGAGAUUUUUAUUUGUUUGUAUAAGCUUUUGAAAUGCAUUAGUACCGAAUGAAUGGACAUCAAGUUCCACUAAUUACU